AGCUGAUUAGCUUGAGAUCCCAAAAUGUCUUUUGGGUUUUGUAUGAGAGUGCUUGUCUCACUGUUGACGUUUGGGCAGCAUGCAAAUGGACUUGGCAACAGACGUGGAGGCUCCGGUGGCGGUAUGCCCCUCAUUGAUUACACAAAACAUCUGGGACUAAUUUUUGCAGCUGACUUUGAGAGCUCUGCACAGGCUGGAGGGAUUCUAGGUAGUUCUUCAUUCAGUCACCGUGCAGGUGGGCAAGUGGAUAGGUACAGUCCAGAGGGAAGUGUUUCUAGUUAUGAGUCCGGCUCGCUGAACAUUCGGAAUCCCAAACAAAACUCCCAGCAGCGUCAAACUGACCCCGAUACAGAUGGUGUCAUCCACACCAAAGCUGGCGCGUUGGAUUUGGUCUCGCCCCAGAAUAGAAAAAGAUUUGAGUCUGGUGUUGCUUCAAGAGAGGGAGUUGUUAUGCAAGUUCCCCCUUUCAAGCAACAGCCAUCUGGCUUCCGGCCCCAGCAGACUGGCUACCCUACCCCGCCCGUCUACCGGCCCCAGCAGACUGGCUACCCUACCCCGCCCAUCUACCGGCCCCAGCAGACUGGCUACCCUACCCCGCCCAUCUACCGGCCCCAGCAGACCGGCUACCCUACCCCGCCCAUCUACCGGCCCAAGCCCCAGCAGACUGGCUACCCUACCCCGCCCAUCUACCGGCCCCAGCAGACCGGCUACCCUACCCCGCCCAUCUACCGGCCCAAGCCCCAGCAGACUGGCUACCCUACCCCGCCCAUCUACCGGCCCCAGCAGACCGGCUACCCUACCCCGCCCAUCUACCGGCCCCAGCAGACCGGCUACCCUACCCCGCCCAUCUACCGGCCAAAGCCCCAGCAGACCGGCUACCCUACCCCAUCCGGCUACCGGCCCCAGCAGUCUAGCAGCCCUACCCCGCCCGUCUACCGGCCCAAGCCCCAGCAGACUGGCUACCCGUCCCCGCCCAUCUACCGACCCCAGGAGACCGGCUAUCCGUCCCCAUCCGGCUACAAGCCACAAAUGUGGAAACCCACGCAGAACUCUCCGCAGCCUUCUCAAACUGACCCCGACGCAAAUGGUGUCACCCUGAAGGCUGGAAUGUUGGAUUCUGUCUCACCCCAUAUCGGAAAAAGAUUUGAAUCUGGGAUUAUUUCAAGUCAGGGUAUAAUAAUGCAUGCUGGUCGUCCGCCCCCUUUUGAGCUCCAGCCAUCUGUCUACCAGCUCCAGCAAGUGGGGAUUCAAAUGAAACCCGCCAUUUGGGAGUACUUUUCUCCCAGUGGCGUGGUCUCUGGUCCCAACGUGCAGGCCGGCUCCUCGUACAGGCAGCAGCGUGUGGGGAUGCAAAGAGAACCCGCCAUGAGGGAGGUAUCUUCUCCCGUUGGAGGGGUUUCUGGUCCCAAUGUGCAGGCCGGCUCCUCGUACAGGCAGCAUGUGGGGAUGCAAAGAGAACCCGCCAUGAGGGAGGUAUCUUCUCCCGCUGGAGGGGUUUCUGGUCCCAAUGUGCAGGCCGGCUCCUCGUACAGGCAGCAUGUGGGGAGUCGAAUGAAACCCGCCAUGUGGGAGUUAUCUUCUCCCGUUGGAGGGGUUUCUGGGCCUGAUGUGCAGGCCGGCUCCUCGUACAGGCAGCAGCGUGUGGGGAUGCAAAGAGAACCCGCCAUGUGGGAGUUAUCUUCUCCCGUUGGAGGGGUUUCUGGGCCUGAUGUGCAGGCCGGCUCCUCGUACAGGCAGCGUGUGGGGAUGCAAAGAGAACCCGCCAUGAGGGAGAUAUCUUCUCCCGAUGGCGUGGUUUCUGGUCCUGAUGUCGAGCCUGCCAACGUAAACGUACAAAUGACUGUUCCUCCAAGAACGAGACAAAUUCCAAUGUCGUCCCCACACCGGCCCAGGUGGCAGCGGUCACUGGUUCCUGUGUAAAACUGCAACCAUUGACUUGAAGGAUCGCCACUGUUCCUGACCACAUUCUGUAAGCGGUCUGUCCUGGCAACCCUUUUUAUAAAAUUCAAUAAAGUACUUGGAACUGAAA